AUGUCUUCCGAUACGUCGUCUCGUAAAAAGAGGACAACCUCUGAGGUCUCUACGCCUGCUCCCUCUGGCGACCAUCGCAAGAGGCGCCGUAAUAGGACGACCCAAUCCUGCCUCAACUGUCACACAUCUAAGCGGAUGUGCGACCGAAAGCGACCAGCUUGCGCUCGCUGCACACAACUUGGCUUGACUGGCCUUUGUGUGUACGAAGUUGACGAUCCUAAUCAGAGAUCUGACGCUCAAGAUGAGAGUUCAAGGCUACUCAAGCGCGUUGCUGAAUUAGAGGGCGUGAUUCGCGAGCUGAAAAACAAACCUCAUCCACGAUGGGUACAGUCGAACAAUAUCCCUGCAGAUGAUUACGACAAGUGGCACUCUCGAGUGCAGUCGCCCCCCAUUGUACCGUCACCCCCAAGUUCGGCGUCUUCGUCGGAAAAAGCUGAUUCACCCCCCCUUAAUGCACGCCCCUUGCGCUCCCCAGCUGUUGUCAAAGCAAAUGUUUACCCGUCAAUCCCCCACAUCGACGAAUCCCAGCAACAACCAUCGUACCGCUCAUCGCCACAGAGCAUUCCUUCUCCGUCUCUCAUGACGCCAACGGAAGAAUUUUCCCAACCCCACGUGGGGGUUGUGGGGCACCCAGACGGUCAACACGACUAUGAUAUUAGUACGAUGUUUCUUCCAUACCCAGGUCUUAUGGGGUGCGAGGAUUCGUACAUGUCAAGACACGAUUCAGUGGACGAUCCUGCAUUCCACAAACACCGCGGCGGACAUUGCGAUUGUUUGCAUGAGCCAUCCAACUAUAACGUCGUGCUGGAGCUCUCACUCAGACUGCGAAAGGCGGCUGAUAUACUCUCUCGAUCUCCGAAGCAUUACUUGGGGACGAAUUGUUCACUCCAUCACCGCAUUUCUGAGUUGGAUACAUUUGCUACGACUGCGCUGGGGAACAUUUCAACAUCUCCGGAGCCGGAACCUGUCAUAAUGCAAGACGUGUCCUGCCAGCCCAACACGGACAUGAACCGCCAUCAUUCGCAGGUAUUCUCGAGGUCUUCAAUGGCUCCGAGCGGCCUUCGCCCUUGGGACAUUAUUUCGAACAGUUCUCCCGUUCCCUGUGACGACCCGUACAUGACAUGGGAUCGUUCUUGA